AUGGACAACAUGACCCACAACUCGAGCAGCAGCAGCUCAUGGGAUUUGGACAUGAGCCUCGGCAGCCACCACCAUCCCCUCCUCUUCGACCACCCUGCACAGCCUCCUCCGCCGCCCCCUCCGCCGCCGCCGCCAUUACCCUUCGACCUCCACCACCACCCGCUAGAUCCUUCUCCUUCUUCUUCUCUCUUCCCUCCUCCGCCGCACCACCACCACCACCAUCAUCACCAUGGCCUUCAUCCUCUCGACUUAGACCAGCGGCGUGGUGCCCAUGAGUAUGGUGGUGGCGGCGGCGGCGGCCAUGAGCAAGGGGAGCAGGAGGAGCUGCGGCUGCAGCAGGAGGCGGCCGGAGGUGGGGGGCAGGACGUCGGCGGGGAGGAAGCCGACGAGGAACUGGGCGCCAUGAAGGAGAUGAUGUACCGGAUCGCCGCCAUGCAGCCGGUGGACAUCGACCCGGCCACCAUCAAGAAGCCCCGCCGCCGCAACGUCCGCAUCAGCGACGACCCCCAGAGCGUGGCCGCCCGCCACCGCCGGGAGCGGAUCAGCGAGCGCAUCCGCAUCCUGCAGCGCCUCGUCCCGGGGGGCACCAAGAUGGACACCGCCUCCAUGCUCGACGAGGCCAUCCGCUACAUCAAGUUCCUCAAGCGCCAGGUGCAGGAGCUCCAGCACCAGCCGGGCGGCCCGACACAGCUGCCGCCGCCGCCACAGUACACCGCCGGACCAAGCACCUCCGCCGUCGGCCCACCGGGCCGGCCAUUCAUGCCGCUGGGCGGCGCCGGGCCCAUGAUCGACUGGGUCGGCCUCACCAGGCCGGUGGACAUCCACGGGCCGACCUCGUCGUCGUCCUCGUCGUCGAUGGGCGGCGCCCUAGGGUUCGGCUUCGGCGGCGGCGGCGGCCAGAGCAGCCAUGGGAUGCACUGAUCGAUGGAUGAUGAAAUUGAGAUGGGGCUAUAUAGCUGAGAUUAACUAAGCUAGGGAAGCAUGGAUUGGUGGACUAGAGAGGUAAUUUUGGUUUUGGUUUUUAUUAAUUAAUUUGCUCUUGUUUGUUGGCUCAGGCUAAGCUACUCUACUAUAGUAUAGCUAGCCAGCUGCUUCCCUUGAUGUUUCUCAAAGUACAAUUAAUUAAUAAGAUUAG